CUUAUCUGCUCAAGACACUCUCUACCCUUAUCAUUCACAUUUGCUUCAGCAGAGUCAAUACAGGCAGAGGGAUCUUCUCUACCAGAGUUACUGGUGACACUGGCAAGUCUGCAUUAUACAAGGAAUGAAGAUGGAAUGUUGGUCUGCCCGACUGCUUUUGCUACUCACAGUGUUACCAGGGAUGUCCGGCUGCCCUUCUCCAUGUCGCUGUGGAUCUGGAAUUGUAGAUUGUAGCCAAAUGGGUCUCAGUACAGAGUCAUUGCCUGCUUCAUUCCCUUCAUUCACAGAAGUGGUCCACCUCAACCAGAACAACUUAGCGUCCAUCCCUAAUGGACUCCUGGACCGCCUUCCACAACUCAGACAGGUUAACUUGCAGCAGAACCCAUGGCACUGUGACUGUGACAUUCUUUAUCUGCGUGGCUGGCUGCAAGGACAACAGAACAAACCUCUAUACCGUGAUGUCACCUGUGCGUCCCCAGAGCCACUGAAGGGCAGGGUCAUCAUGUACCUGACAGAGGAAGAACUAGUGACCACCUGUCAGUACUGGUACUGCAAUCUGGCACUGGUCUCCCAAAUCUGCCUCUUUAUUCUAAUUACCAUACAGGGCAUUCUGCUCAUUUUUAUCAUUCUCUCCCUUCGCCGCUUCCAAACCAUUGCCAGGGAAGCCCGGCGCACUGCCAAGGAAAUGCAAUACAACUCAGAAUCCUAUGUGUAUGAUAAUGUGCCACUGCAUAACUAUGAGAGGACAUAAUGUGAUACUGUAUUACUUAUAUAAUCACACAAACAAACAUUUAUAUAUAUGUAUAUAUAUACUGUAUGCAGACUCUUCAAGGUGUCCUAAUAAAGAAAUGUUAUAUAAUA